CGGCAGGCGGGCGCAUGAGGCAGGCUCCGGCGCCGCCGCCGCCGCGGGAUGCGGAGCUGGAGCUGGAGCUGGAGCUGGCCCCGGCGCUGAGCGGCCGCACCGCCGCCAUGGGCGCCCCCGCCAGCGGCGCGCUGCUCCCCGACCGCCUCCGCCUGCCCGUCUGCUUCCUGGGCGUCUUCGCCUGCUACUUCUACUACGGCAUCCUGCAGGAGACGAUCACCCGAGGACGGUACGGGGAGGGAGCGGAGCAGGAGCAGUUCCAGUACGCCCUGACGCUGGUCUUCAUCCAGUGCGUGAUCAACGCUGCCUUCGCCGCGCUCCUGAUCCGUUUCUUCGACGCCGCCAAAGCAGAUCGCACCCGGAGCUGGCUCUACGCCACCUGCUCCCUCUCCUACCUGGGCGCCAUGGUGUCCAGCAACUCAGCGCUGCAGUUUGUCAGCUACCCCACGCAGGUGCUGGGCAAGUCCUGUAAGCCCAUCCCAGUCAUGCUCCUGGGAGUGACUGUGCUGCGGAAGAGAUAUCCCCCAGCCAAGUACCUCUGCGUGCUGCUCAUCGUGGCCGGGGUGGCUCUCUUCCUCUACAAGCCCAAGAGGGCAGCUGGCACUGAGGAGCACAGCUUUGGCUAUGGAGAGCUGCUGCUGCUGCUGUCCCUGACCCUGGAUGGCCUCACGGGGGUGUCCCAGGACCACAUGAGAGCUCACUACCAAACGGGCUCCAACCACAUGAUGCUCAACGUCAACCUCUGGUCCACCUUGUUCCUGGGGGCCGGCAUCCUGUUCACUGGGGAGCUCUGGGAGUUCCUCAGCUUCACUGAGCGCUACCCCAGCAUCAUCUACAGCAUCCUGCUCUUCGGCCUCACCAGUGCCCUGGGGCAGAGCUUUAUUUUCAUGACUGUGGUGUACUUUGGCCCUCUGACCUGCUCCAUCAUCACCACCACUCGCAAGUUCUUCACCAUCCUGGCCUCUGUCAUCCUCUUUGCCAACCCCAUCAGCAGCAUGCAGUGGGUGGGGACCAUCCUGGUGUUCCUGGGCCUUGGACUCGAUGCCAAAUUUGGGAAGGGAGUGAAGAAGACCUCCCAUUGAGAGUUGGUUGAUCUCUGUAGCUGGAAUGAACUUUUAAUUUAUUGUCUUGUACCUCAGAAUCUGUUCUGGAUCAGGACUCAGGAUAGGUAAUUCCAGGGGGGAGCCUUUGGGUUGGCUUUGGUUGAAGUUUGGCUGGUUUGGGUUUCCCUUCUUUAUUAACUCUCAGUUGUCUGACCAGUGGAAUAGUUCAGUUUUAACUGGAAGUGAGCUUCCCCCCCCUUUUUUUUUGGCCUGUAACCCAAGCUGCUCUGUUAGAUCCCAGCAGCAGGACAAAGAUUCUUGCCUUAAGAGGGGAAGCAAAGCCCAGCAAAGCCUCAGCUCCUUUAUUAAAGACAAACCAGGGCACAGACACAGCUCCAGAGCUGGGAGUGCUGCUGCUGCUGCUGGCUGACUGUGGGGAGGGAGCAGCAGCAAACCUCUCUGGCUGGUAGAGCUGUGUCAGUGCAAAGCUCCUGGAUUAGAGGCCUGUGUUGAAGACAAAUCCCUCCUGGAGCAGUCCUCCCUUGCCAGGCUGCUGGAGCAGGCAGUUGGAUGCUUCCUCCCGGGAGGUGAUCACCGCCGGGAGCAGCUCUUGGCACCUGUAGACGUUUCCAGGAGUGCUGCUUUGGGCCGCUGGGGCCCAGGUUAAUUCCUUCCACCCCCCUCCUCCGUGGUGCUGAGGAAGGAACCAGGACCCUCUGCUGCUGAACCCAUGCCCAGGGUUGUGUGCCAGCAGGUGCCAAGUGCUGCAGGGGCCCUUGGUUAAUGAGGCAGCGUCUGCAGCGAGCUCCCCGGCGCUGCACGGGGAGGAGCUGUGCCCACAGUGCUGCCUUCAGAGCUGGAGAGCAGAACCCUCCACGGAGGAGCUCUACAGAUGAAAGCUUGUUCCUAGCAGCUGUCACUUGCUCUCCAUCUGCUCGCUGCCUUUGGCCUUUUGCCCCUCCAGAUGGGAGCUUGAUCUCUUUCCUCAGCGGCUGAUGAAGUCUCUCUCUCUCCAUCCCCUGCUUCCCCUCCCCCCCCCCCUCGGGUGCUUCUCACAACCCUUUUGCUCUUGGCGUCAGAUUUGGGUUUCAUUGAGUCCCUCUCACUGUCCCAGAGCUCUCCCAGACAGCCCCUUCCUUGCAGGGUGAAACCUGAGGCUGCUCAUGUGCUUUCCCCCCUCCUUCCUGCACCUCUCUGCUGCCUUCCCUUGCUUUCAAGGCCAGGCCAUAGCUGCUCACUGCUGGGGAGUCCUCACUCCCAGAACAUCAGGGGGUAGAAGUGACCUCAAAAGAUCAUCCAGUCCACACCCCUGCCAGGACAGGGUCGCCUAGGGCAGGUCGCAGGAGCACAGGCAGGUGAGUUUUGAAUGUCUCCAGAGGAGACUCCACAGCCUCUGGGCAGCCUGCUCCAGGGCUCUGCCAGCCUCACAGUGAGGACUUUUCCCCUUGCAUUCAUGUGGAACCUUCCCUGCUCCAGCUGCCAGCCCUUGCCUUGGGCACCCCUGAGCAGAGCCUGGCUCCAUCCUGCCACUCAACCUUCACAUCUCUGCAAGCUUCUGGUUCUUGACUCGGGUGGAUGUGGGGGAGGGGAGGCUCAGCCUCCCUGCAGGCUGCUCUGCUUCCCAGUGUCUGGGAGGUACAAAAUCCUACCUCUGGUGUGUGAAAGGGAGCUGAGAGAUGGCCUGCUCCAGUCUCUGCCCACCUGCCCUUGCCCUGCCACUGGGCACAAGGCCUGGCCACGUCCUCCUGCCAGCACUGAUCAGAUCCCGCCCCCCCCCCCGGCUGCUCCUCUCGGACUGAACUGCUCAGAUUCUGAGCCUUCGGCCUCACGGAGACGCUGCUGUGCCCUCGGCAUCUCUGCUGCCCACUGCUGUCCCCUGCAGGGAUGAAGGCAUCAGCUGGGUGUGGCUCUCAGAGCAGGCUGCCCCCUGUGCUUCCAGGGCUUGUCCUGCCUCUUUGCACCAUCUUCAGUUGAACUCAGACUCAGCGACCCAAAGGCAGUGGGAGCCUAACUCAGCUCCAGAGCUGGGCUGGGGUUAGGUCGGUGCUGAAGGCUCCCAGUGCCUGUUCCAAACCCCUCCCUCAGCCAUCCUCUCCCUCUGGGACAUGGAAUUCCUCUCCAGCCCCCUUGCCUGCUCGGAGGGGUUGAGGCUUGGCCCUUGCCAAGGGCAGAGCUACACAGCCAAGGGAGGUCUCUGGUGUGGUCCCCACGGAGGUCCCACAGCAGUAAUUCUGCACUGGCUGAAGCUCUUGAGGGGGUUUCUGAGCAGGGCCUGAGGGAGCAAGGUGGCAGCAGCAGGGAGUUGAUUUAUGGCACCUCCAGCCACAUUCUCCCUCUGCAGAAAAUGCUCUUCCUGACCCUUUCUCUCCUCUGCACCUCAACUCCAGAUGUAGCUUCAGGACAAGAGGGGUUAAAAGCCCCCAAAUCAACCCAGAACCCAGCUCCCAGCCCACCUCUGCUCAGUUUUUAACCACUCAGAAGCAGCCACCAAAGUCUCAGGGCAGCUCUUGCCCGAAGUGACCAAUCUGUGCCCUUCCCCAGCCUGCAGAAAGUGAAGCUGGGAGCUCCCUGGGGUUUGUUUUCCUGAGCCAGGCUCUGUCUUUGCCAAUAUCUUCAGCUUGUCUGCAUUCAGAGCACAGAUUUAGAGAUCAGUCUGCCAAGGAGGAAGAAAGGAAAGGAGCUUUUCUCUCUGCUGAUUGCUGCAGGCUGCCUUGACCCACUUUAGCUCUAAAGCCUGCUCCUGGUGUUGCUCCAGCUCGGUUCUUGCUGCCCUUCUGACUCUUAUUGACUAAGAAUGUCUUAAAAGCAGCAGCUCUUGUACCUGCCUUGAGCCUGCAUCCCCUGAUCUGCUCUGCCAGCCUGUCUGCUCUCCACACCUCACGUCCUGCCAGGUCCCACAGGAGGCUACCGAAGCAGUCCAAGAAGCUCUCUUCAAGCCGGCGCUGCCUGCGCUUGGACAGCUCUAACAGCACUGCCACAAGGCAGGUCCCCAGCCGUGGGCUGCAGGGGGAGGGCUGCUGCAGGGCCUCUUCCCUGGUGACAGCUGCUUGCCACAGGCUGAGAGGCUGCCUGCUGGCUCCGGCUCUCUGCUCUUGCUUGGCUGCAGCUGUCUCUGGAUCAAGACAGGUAAACUCCAAAGGAACUGGGGGCAGGAUGCAGUGGAGUUGCUCUCUCCUGUUGGAGGCUGUGGCUGCUCUCCCAGGCACCUUCUUGCAGAGAGGAUCCUUCAGUCUGAUCAUCUGUUGGCCUCCUGGCUCCUGUUGUACAAGCAGCCCAAGUGGACUGAGAGGCAACCCCUGGGCUUCUGCUGGGGUGUCAGGGAAGGCUUCACUGAAGAGCUGAGUGAGGCACAAAGGGUCGAGAGUUAAUCCAGACACUGCCUAAGCUCCAGGGCAGGGCUGUGCAGAGCAACCUUCAGCUGCUGGCAGGUUGUGUUUGGGGAGUCAGAGAAGGAAUUGGUGAAGUGGAGAGGUUUGGAGGAAUUAAAGCACAGUGCCCAGGUUCUCCAUCGCCCUCUGGGCUGCAGCAGUUCUGCUCUGCCUCACUUUGUCUCUGCUUUUUUAAGACAUUCUCCAGUUUAUUAGUUACUAAUAAAGAAAAGAGACUGCCUUGUU